UCGGUCCCGCUCGGAGCUGCUCGGCGCCCCAGCUGCCCGCCCGGCCGGCCGCUCCGGCCCGCGGCGCAAAUGGCUGUGCGCGGCGCCAGCACCUUGACGCCCUUCUCCAUCCAGGCGAUCCUCAACAAGAAAGAGGAGCGCGGCGGGCUGGCCGCGCCGGAGGGGCGCCCGCCGCCCGGGGGCACAGCGGUGGCGGUGGCUGCGGCGCCCGCCGUCUGCUGUUGGCGGCUGUUUGGGGAGACGGACGCGGGCGCACUGGGGGGCGCCGAGGACUCUCUGCUCGCGUCUCCUGCCGGUACCAGAACAGCUGCGGGGCGGACUGCGGAGAGCCCGGGAGGCUGGGACUCAGACUCGGCUCUCAGCGAGGAGAACGAGGGCAGGCGGCGCUGCGCGGAUGCUCCGGGGGCCAGCGGGGCAGGCCGCACGGGAGGAUCCCUGAGCCUCGGCCGGCCGAUCUGCGAGCUGCCCGCCUCCAAGGACCUGGAGGAGGAAGCCGCGGGCCGGAGCGACAGCGAGAUGUCGGCGGCCAGCGUCUCAGGCGACCACAGCCCAAGGGCCGAGGAUGAUGGCGUUGGCGCCAGAGGUGCACACGUGCCGGCGCUGUGCAGCGGAGCCGGCGGCAGGGGCAGCGGCGCACCGGCGGGCGGCGUGGAGGAGGAGGAGGAGCCGGUGGCGCCGAAGCCGCGUAAGAAGCGCUCUCGAGCCGCCUUCUCCCACGCGCAGGUCUUCGAGCUGGAGCGUCGUUUUAACCACCAGCGCUACUUGUCCGGGCCGGAGCGUGCAGACCUGGCCGCGUCUCUGAAGCUCACCGAGACGCAGGUGAAGAUCUGGUUCCAGAACCGUCGCUAUAAGACCAAGCGCCGGCAGAUGGCCGCGGACCUGCUGGCCUCGGCGCCCGCCGCCAAAAAGGUGGCGGUAAAGGUGCUGGUGCGCGACGACCAGAGACAGUACCUGCCCGGCGAGGUGCUACGGCCACCCUCGCUUCUGCCACUGCAGCCCUCCUACUAUUACCCUUACUACUGCCUCCCCGGCUGGGCGCUCUCCACCUGUGCGGCCGCUGCGGGCACCCAGUGAGCCCGCCUGGGCUGAGGCAACAAAUGAUUCCCACACCCGGCUCCGACGGCCGUGUAGGCUGUAGCCCACACAGGGGCGCUCCGCCACGGGGGCAAGUGGAGGAUGAAACCCAGCUCUGGCUCCGCUAGCCAGGACUCGAGCCCUGGCAGCGGGACUGAGUAUACCCAGAGGAGGCGCUUUUUUCUAAUUUGAACAGAGGCACCCUAUGGCCCCCCGCUCGCCCCUCACCUGUCUGGAAGCCCUUGGACACUAUUUAUUAUCACGACAAUGUUGGAUUUGGAUUAUGUCUGCCUGCUGGGGAUGGCGUUUCCCCAGAGCGUUGAACUCCUGGAGACCACAUAGCCUGAAUCCCCAGCAUUUCAGGCCUGCUGGGAGCUUCGUGCGCUAGGCCACACUAGUUCAUGGUAUCCAUGCUACCAAUCUAUGUGUAUCUACAUAUCUUUUAUUUUUGGAAAUUGCAUUUAUAACAAAGCGGUGCGGAACCCUGGCAGCCGCAGCCCAGGGGGUGAUUUGAAACGUGAAGGGUUUGGUUUUCAGGCGCUCGCUCCACCCCUCCCGAGUGUCAGAGCUCUGGUGGGGGCGCCCUAGUGGGUGCUGAAUGUAAGGAAGGGAGCUUCUGCGUGUUGGGCAGUCUAGGGGUAUCCACACCUUCCCUCUCCGAAGUCCAGGGCCCGGUCCGGGUGGCAAGCGCCUGAGAACCCCCCCCCCAACAAGGAGAGCGCACACUCGGGCAGCCCUUUGCAGAAACUUUCCUUCGUUUAAAAGAGAUUAAGACUCGUAGCACUUUUCAGUUGUUUGUAUUCAAAUGACGGUUAUUUCUUGUACUCAAUGUGAAUAUCCCCGGCCAACCUUUCCAAGGCAUCCUCCCUGGUGCCACCGCCUGGCCCUCGGUCUCUCACUUGCACCCUCUGCAACUCUGCGCCCUGGCCCGGGACUCCCCUAUCUGCCCUUCACCUACCCUUGGACAGGUGAUCCUACCUGUUGUGUCAACCUCGCCGCUUUUCGCCUCCUUAAGGGCACUGUGCACUCAACUAGAGUAUUAACUGUAAAAAGAUUUGUGAAGUUUGAAAGCUCUAUUCGCUGUAUUUUUUCUUUAAUUUAUAAACUUUUAUUUUAACAUGCCCUCCUGGACGCCGUGUUUUUCUCUGAGACGUUCUCCGACUUCGGGGGCGGGGGGUAGACCAGUGACGCGGGCUGGAGAUAGCUGGGGCGCAUUUUCCCAGCCUCUUUUCAGUUUUGGACCCAGGAUGUCCAGCCCCUCCCGGGAGAAGCUCUGCUGCCCGCCCCGCAGGAAGGGUGCAAACCUCCGCGGCUCAGGGAAUCGCAAUUUCGGGAACUUCGCAGGAGUCACGGAUGAAUCCCACUGAAUUCGGGGGCAAAUUCCCAGGAUUCCUUUUUUUCUCGAGGGCAUACUCUGAAUUGUAGAAAGCGCCCAUGGCUGAACCCCCAGCCAGUCUCCAUCCCCUCCUUCAAUCGGCUGACCCUUUUCUUUCUCACACUCGUGCACACUCGCGCGUGUUCUCUCUCUCUCUCUCCUUUCGAUUUUUGGAGCAUUUCUCUAAGUGAUUCGGUCUUUAUUUCGUUCCCAGAAUAGGCCAGUAAAAACUCCACUGAAAUUCCGAAGCGAUUCGAAGCAAACCAGGUGCUAGUAAAGUGGUCUCUGGGAGAAGGUCACCUGCUCGUUUGCCUCGGACGGGUGCAAAUGGCGCUCUACAGUGUUUCAAACGUGGCGUCAUUUGACCCGCACCGAGGCUCACAGAGCAUGGGCAGGACAAAUGU